GCAGCGCAGCGCGAGGCGACACAGCUCUCUUAAGUGUGAUUGCGGGAGCACGGCCGCCUUCUCUUCGGAACGGCGCCUCCGAGUUACGAGAAGAAGUACCCGCGUUCUCGCUGCUUCGCCCAUCCUGCACCCUGCAAGGCACCCCUCAUGAAACACUUCAUUGGCAGGUCGAGGAGCGGCGUCACGCAGAUGUAAAGAAACAAGCGAUGCUGGUUCGCCAACUGGAGGAGGAGCUACGGAUGCGAAUGCGCAACCCGAGCAUCGAGAUGCAGCAGCAGAUGGAGGUGCUGUACGCCGAGAACGAACACCUGACCCGCGAGAUCGCCAUCCUCAGGGAGACCAUCAAGGAGCUGGAGCUGCGGAUAGAGACGCAGAAGCAGACGCUGCAGGCCCGCGACGAGAGCAUCAAGAAGCUGUUGGAGAUGCUGCAGAACAAGGGCGUCGGUGGUAAAAUGCUAGAUGGAGACAGGGAGUCAUUUGAAUCCCUCCAGGCCAGGCUGAUAGAGAGUGAGGAUAAAAUUCGGCACUAUGAGAAUCUUGUGAGGAAUCGAGACCAGGAACUCAGUAAGACUAAGAGAGAAUUAAAGGCCACGAAUGAGACACUUAGAGCCCUUCAGAUCCAGUUAGAGAAAGCUUACAGUCAAAAUUCCAGCGGUCCCUCUAACAGUACCCUGACUGCCAUUCUGGAAACGAAGGACGCUCGAAUUGCGACCUUGGAGAAGGAGGUGUGCCUCCUCGAGAAAGAGCUGGAUAGGCUGCGCGAGGCGGGGGCGGGGGCGGGGGUGGUGGCUCGACUCUCCCCCCUCCCCCCCGCAAUGUCCGAGCACGACAAGUCAGAGUUUAGCAUUAAGCGGCAACUGGACGAGUUCCGCGCGGAGAUCCAGCGGCGCGACCAGGAGAUCCUGGCCAUGAGCGCCAAGAUGAAGACGCUCGAGGAGCAGCACCAGGACUACCAGAGGCACAUAGCCGUCCUCAAGGAGUCGCUCUGCGCCAAGGAGGAGCACUACAACAUGCUGCAGGCGGAUGUUGAAGAACUCCGACAACGAUUAGAGGAGAAGAACCGGCAUAUAGAGAAGAAAACACAACAGGCGCAGCAGGCGAUACAAGAAAGAAACCGUCUGAACAAUGAACUCAGCGAGUUGAGGGACCACAUGGACAUCAAGGACCGCAAGAUCAACGUCCUGCAAAGAAAGAUCGAGAACCUGGAGGACCUGCUGAAGGAGAAGGACAACCAGGUGGACAUGGCGCGCGCGCGCCUCACGGCGAUGCAGGCGCACCACUGCUCUUCCGAGGGCGCGCUGUCCAGCCUGGAGGAGGCCAUCGGCGACAAGGAGAAGCAGAUGCAGCAGCUGCGCGAGCAGCGGGACCGCGCUGAGCAGGAGAAGGCGGAGGAGCGCGAGCUGCACGAGCGCGAGCUGGCCGAGUACAAGAUGAAGCUGCACGCGCUCGAGAGCGAGGUCGAGAAGCUGGGCGCGCGGCUGGAGCGCGCGCAGGCCGAGAAGGACCGGCUGGAGGCCAAGCUGGAGAGCUCGCAGUCCGAGCUGGGCAAGUCGAAGGCGGAGCUGGACAAGGCGGCGAGCGAGGCGGGCCGCAGCGGCGCCGACUGGGAGGCGGCCAAGCAGCGGCUGGCGCGCCUCGAGCUGGAGAACGAGCGCCUGCGCCACGACCUGGAGCGCUCGCAGGCCACGUUCGGCCGCAGCACGCUCACCACCUCGCAGGAGCUGGACCGCGUGCAGGAGAAGGCGGAGAAGGCGGCGGCGGAGCUGCGGCGCGCGCAGGCCGAGCUGCGCGUCACGCAGGCCGACAACGAGCGCGCGCGCGCCGAGGCGGCCGCGCUGCAGGAGAAGGUGGAGAAGUCGCAGGGCGAGGUGUACCGGCUCAAGGCGCGCCUCGAGAACGCGCAGGCCGAGCGCGAGAGCCUGCGCGACGAGUACGAGCGCGCGCAGCAGGCGGCCGCGCGCCUGCACGCCGAGCGCGACAAGUCGUCCGCCGAGCUGGAGAAGGCGCGCGAGGAGCUGGAGCGCUCGCAGGCCACGCUGGGCAAGGCGCAGCUGCAGCAGGACAAGCUGCAGAACGCGCUCGACAAGGUGCAGACCGACCUGGACAAGUUGCAGGAGCGCUUCGACAAGUCCCAGGCCGAGGUGCGCCGGCUCCAGAUGGAAAAGGAAAAGCAGAACUACGAUUUUGAAAACGUACAGUCGCAGCUCGAUAAGGCACUAGGCCAAGCGACGAGAUUGCAGAAGGAGCGAGAGGCGGUCCAGUUGGAGGUCGACCGGUUAAGGGACAAGUAUGAGAAAGCUCAGAUGUUGAUGGCAAGACUCCAGAAGGAGAAAGACGGGGCCAUUGAAGAAUGUGAAAAGCUCCAAGAAAGGGUUGAGAUCCAACAGGGCCAAAUAUCCAAGGCGCAAAGGGAACGCGAAAACAUGCAGACGGAGCUGGAUAUGAUCAAGGAAAGAUGGGACAAAGCGCAACAGUUGCAUCAGAAAAUUCAGAUGGAACGAGACGACGCGUUAACGGAAAUCGAAAUAUUGAAAGAUAAGUUGGACAAGUCGCAGACAGUGUCACAGAAAGCGAUGGAGGAAAGAGACAACGCAAACAAAGAGUUCGAACGUAUGCUCGAAAAAUACGAUAGGUCGCAGGGCGAAGUGUACCGAAUGCAGAACAAACUGGAGGCAGCAGAGGCAGAGAAGGACCGACUCGAGAUGGAGGUGGAGAAGGCUCAGCUGUUGGCUACCAAGUCGCGCGAAGAUCAGCGCAAAACACAAGACGAGCUGCAGCGGGUCCAAGAGAUGUACGACCGAGCUGCGCUCCAGCUGGGCCGCACUAAGGAGAAUGAGGAGAAAUUCAAAGAGGAGAUAGACCGCAUGGCUGUCGACCUCGACAUGGUGCGCGAGCGAUACGAAAAGACGCAGAUCGAGAUGCGGCGUCUGCAGAGUGAUCGCGAGAAGUACCAGGGGGACAGUGAGCGCCUCAGUUUCGAACUGGAGCGCGCGCACACGCAGUGCGCAAAGGCACAGGCUGCAAAUGAAAAGAGCCAGGAGGAAAUGGCCCGCCUGCAGGUGGAGCUAGAGAAGAUGUACGACAAGCACGACAAGGCCCAGGCCGAGCUGCGAAAGUCUCAGUCGGAGCUGGAGCGCUACCGUACCGAGGCAGAGCAGCUGCGCGAGGAAGCGGAGCGGUACGCUGCCAGGAUGGGCAAGUACCAGGACACGCAGGAGAGGACCAAGGAGGAGCAGGAUCGCCUCAAGGCCGAAAUAGAGCGGCUGCGGGAUAGGCUCGAGAAGACGAACAGUGAGUUGGAGCGAGCGCGAAAGGCAGAGCAGGAGGCAGUUCGUCUGCGAAUGGAGCUGGAGCGCGCGGAAGGUGUAAGAGGUAAAUACCAAUUCGAACAGGAGAAGUGGGCUGCAGAAACUGGUAGGCUGCAGGCAGAGUGCGAGAAGUUGCGCGAGCGGCUGGACACGAGCCAACUGGAGAUGCAGAGGGCGCUGGUGGCCAACGAGAAGCAGGAGGAGCGCCUGCACGAGCUCCAACUCGAGCUGGAGCUCGGCAAGGCCGAGUCGAUGAAAAUGACGGCGACUCAGGAAAAACAGCAGGGCGAGAUAGAGCGGUUGCACAUCGAGUGCGAGAAAGUGCGCGAUCGACACGAGACUCUCCAGAUGCGCUCCGAAGCACUGGAGAAGGAGAACGAGCGGCUGCGCUCCGAAUUGGCGCAGAAGGAGCGCCAGUUGGCGGUGGGCGACAAGAGCCGCACCGAGGUGGAGAGGGCGGGCGCCGCCGAGGUGGACAAGCUCCGCGAGCGGCUGGAGCAGGCGCAGGCAGACCUGUCCAGGGCGCAGCAGCUGCGCGAACACUCCGACGCCGAGGCGCAGCGCCUGGCGCGGGAGCUCGAGAAGUCGCAGCUGCACCUCGGCAAGUACCAGGAGAACAACGAGGCUGCGCGGAUAGAGUUUGAGCGAAUGGCGACGGAGCUCAGUCGUCUGCACGAAAAGCUCGAGAGGGCGCAGGCGGACGCGCAGCGGGCGUCGGACGAGCGUGCUCAGCUGCAGGCGGAGAGGGACGCACUGCAGGCGGACCUGCUCCGCGCGAGAAAGGCCGCCGAUCAGAUGCAGGAAGCGCAGCAGCGCACUCGGCAGGAUGCCGACAGACGUUUGCAGGAGGAUGCCUCCAAGAUGCAGCAGGAGCUCGCACAAGCUGCGAGGGAGAAGGAGAGGUUGAAUUCCGCACUGGAGAAGCGCGAGAAGCAGGCAGAAAGGUUAGAGAAACAGAUGGCGAAAAUGGAGUCCGAGGUGAAACAGCUCACGCUCGAGAGAGACCAGUUAGUGGUGCAACUGGAGAAGUCACAGGACAUGCUGAUGAACUUCCAGCAGGAGCUGCAGCAGUCCGAGUCGGAGCUCAGUCGACUGAAGACCGAGCACCGCAAGGUGGCGCAAGAUGCCGAAUCGCUGGAAGGGAGAGACCGGCAGGUCCAGGAGCUUCAGCAACAACUGCAGAACUUGCAGAGGGAAAGGGACCGAGAGCGGCAGAGGGCGGAGCGGGCAGACCGCCGCCUGCAGGAGCUGGGCUCGCAGGCAGAGGCGGACACCGGUCAGUGGCGCCGUGCCGUGGAGGCCGAACGGGACAGGGCCGAUAGGGCGGAGAGGACUGUGGCCGAACUGCAGAAAAGGGUGCAGGCUGUAGAGAGGCAGAUGAAUGCCCAACAGCAACAGAUGGCCCAAAUGCAACAACAGCAGCAACAACAGGUGCCACCGGCUGCUGCCGAGGAACUGAACAGACUGCGUAAAGAGCUCGAAAAGUCGCAGGCGGAACUGAAGAACGCGUCUGUUGAGCGAGAACGAUUCCAGGCACAGUUGGAGAUGCUAGUUCAGGAGCUGGAGAAGAACCAGCUGGAUCUUCAAGAAGCGAACAAGAAACUAGCGAAUGGCGCAGCGAGAGCUGGAGAAGAAGCUACCGCCCUUAGAAUGCAAUUAGAAGAGCAGAAGAAACAACUAGAAGAGCAGAGGAGACAAUUAGAGGAGCACAAGAGAGGCUUAGAUAGUAAAAGUAGGCAAUUAGAAGAAAAAGAAAAAUCUAUAGCAGAUGCAGAUCAGAAACUGAAGAAAAGGAAAGAAAAACUUGAUCAGCUGGAGGCACAGCUUCAGAAGGGUGCAGGAGCAAGGGGUGGAAAUGCAGAAAUACAGAAAAGAAUGCUAGAACUAGAACAACAGGUUGAAACUCAUCAAAAGGAGCUGGAGAAAUCCAAAGAAGAUGCACAGCGUUCGCAAGUAGAAAUGGAAAGACUUCUACAGCUUGUCCAAAUGAGUCAAGAAGAACAAAAUGCCAAAGAAAAGACAAUUCGUGAUCUUCAAGAGGCACUGAAGAAUGCCCAAGCAAAACUGAGAAGCCAACAAGCCAGUGCACAAAUGGAAAGGAGAGAAGAGGUGGAAAUGCAGGACAAGGCUGUGGAAACCAUUCUGAACAUCAGCAGCAAAAAUGCUUUGGAAGUUAUGGAAGAUGCUAAAGAAGAAAAGAGUGAUGGUUUUGAUGAUCGAGUGAGUGAAAUUCAAGAACUUAAGGAAGAACUCAAGAAACGUGGGCAAAAGGUGUCUGAACUGGAGAAAGAAAUUGGUACCCUGGAAACUGCUCUUCAGGAGAAUGCAAACAUAGCUGAGCUUGAGGAACUGGUUGUGGUGGUUCGACAGAAAGAUGACAGGAUUGAGGAGCUGGAGGAGGCACUUCGUGAAAGUGUUAGAAUAACUGCAGAAAGGGAGAAGGUGUUACAUCAGGAAUCAACACGUCGGAAACAGAUCAUGGAAAAGGUGGGUAAAUUGGAGCAGCGAUUACUGUCUCUUCAGACAGCACAUGCAUUACGCUGCAGCUCUUGCCGUCCAUUAGUUGGUCGCUUGCAGGAAUUGGAGCAACGACUAGGGUCACUUACAGCUGAAAGGCGGCAGCAUCUGCAGGAUUUGUCACGCAUGAAGCAAGAAGCUCUUGAAGCAGCACUCAGUGAAAAGGAUGCACAUUUAGCCUUACUGGAAGUGUCAGGCAUCAGAACAGCAAGACAAGCAGAAGAGGCAGAGCAAUUACGUGCUGAUCGAAAAAGGCUUAUGGAAAAACUCCGAGAAGAGAAUGAACAGAGUGUUCGGCUGCUGCAAGAGUAUUCCCUGCCAGAUGUAGAGCAGUUCACAUCAUCUGUAACAAAUCUCAUUGAAGCAGAAGAUAAAGAGAAAGAAACCACCUCCAGUAAUCAUAAUGGUCAUUCACAUCACGAGGAAGAGAUUGAUCAAGACAGUUUGGAACCCUUGAGCCCAGAUUCUACCUUAGGUAUGUGAAAUGUUUUUGGUUAUCAUCGAUCUUCACAAGCAAAGAAGAAGUAGUUUCAAAAAGGUGCUGUGCAUCCCUUAUACCUGAACAUUUCCAUAUGCAGGAUGUCUGUGCGUAUCUUCUGAAACAAUUUUGUGCCCAAAUCAAGAUAUAAACAUGAAGAUUUCAUAAUAAAAUGUGCUGCACUUAUUUUGCACAAUAAGUUCCUCCCUGUCUAUAAAUGCACUGCCAUUAAUGGCCCACAAACUAUGGGAGUCUGGCCUUCAGCUGACAGGUUGAAUUAAGUGCAUCACAGUUGUUGAAAUGGUGAUAUUCACUCUAAAGACAUUGCUAGCACACGGUAUGUGUGUAUUUUACAACCGCGUAUUUAGUUAAGUGAUGCCGUAACAUUUUGAUACAAACAUGUGAGUGAAGUGUGUGUGAAAUGACAACUAACUACUUUGCAAAAUGACUAUUUGUGCUGUGAGUGAGAAAAUGACGUGUGAAGAAAAAAUGAGUUUCUGACAUCUCCUGCUUAUUAUAGCAAUAAUACACGCAUGCCACUUAAAUGCAGAAAGCAGUGUCUACAAUAUUUUUUAGCCUUGUUACUGUACUGUGAAAAAGGAAAGGAAAUGUGAAAUGUGGGGAGGUGUUGACAAUAAAUAAAGCAACUCACUGAACCAUGUCUUCCUAUGGUGGAGAGUGCUUUAAGAAAGCACAAGCUGGGUAGUGAUUUGGAAGAAUAAAAACACAAGAGAAAGUCAUAUUAAUGUGUUUUUUUUAAAAUGACUUUCACUUCAAAAUGCCUUCUUUUCUCGGGUAGACUAUUUUCAUUUCUUUUUCAAAAUAACAAUGUGUGUGCUCUGUUUUGAUUUUCAACAUUUAUGUAGAUUUCAUAGUAGUUCUGUAUUUCAGUAGAACUGUUACACAAUGUUAGAUAUCAUUCAAUGAAAUAAAACAGGAAAUUUUCUAGUGCAUGAGAUUUUGUGAAUUAAGUCAUUGCUCUCUCAGUUUUUUUUUUAAUAUCUGAGUGAAAUUAAUUUUAGAAGGAAUGUCAAAUUGCACAAUUUUAUUACUAAAUAUUUCCAACAUAUUGUGUGCUGUAGCCACAUUGAUUAAAUGUAUAAUGACAGAUAAUAGAUAUAAUUUUUCCAACAGAACAAAAAGUGUUCAAAAAUAUUUUUUGUUGAUAAUAGUUGACUGUAUAAAAAUUGAAUAUGCAGUGGCAUGAUUACUGUUAUAGAAUAAAUACUGGCCAUAUUUGAUUGCAUUUUCCCAUAUGAUAAGGCCGAUGCCGAUAUUAUUUAUAAACACCAAAGUAUUUGUGAAAUAAAGAAAUUUGGUUAGUGUCACUACACAACAAAUGUCACUAUGGGAACACUGCAGUCAUUUAUGGAUUGAAUAAAAGUCAUUCUUUGUACAUAUUACUAUAUGACGUUGACUGACUUUAAAGAAAAUCUGUUGUAUGUAAUGUGGCACUAUUUCUUGUAAAUGAAGGUGCAUAAGGUAUAAAAAGUUAGUGGUCAAGGAAAGAAUGAACUGUGUUCGUGCUUUGAUCAGCAGAGAAAUGUACGGAUCUGUUGUUAACAAGAUAUUCCAGUACUUGCUGAAACUAAUCAAAAGCUGCCUAUAAUGUUUAGAGGAAUAUGCUUUUGGCAAGUAAAGUAUGGAUUAUUUCUUUAGAGAAUUAAAUACAUCCGUCUGGGUGGAUUCCCAGAGUUUAAGCAACUCUAUCAGUACUGAACUCCAAAAUGCAAAAAUUUAUUUCAUUGCAACCUAUUCUCUUCCUGUAUAGUGCUUUUUGAACAUUUGAAGUAUGUACUUCUCUAACCUUCCAUGUAGCCAUGUGAGUUUCAAGGUCAUGUAAAAGAUAACUAAGAGGUUUGAACAUGUAUUUAUAUAAAUUUAAAAACUCUGAUAAAAACAAGGGAAUAUCUUUUAAAAUAUGUGAAAAGCUUAAAUUUUGGGAGUCUUGACAUUCAGUGGUAUUAAAUAUUCAUAGAUGGUAAAAUUCAUUUUAAUCUAUAGAAGAAACACUUUAAUGUCACAACCAUGCAGAAUACUACUUGUUCGUACAGGCUAUCCUGACAUGUAACUAAAGAAUACAUCACAAAACAGUCAAAAUUAAGCUUUGGUCCCUAGAUAAACAUUAAUUUGUAUCUCUAUAGCUGACCAUCCAUUUGUAACAUAUUCAUAUAUGCUCGAUGCAAAAGAAUUGUUGUUGGCUUGUUUGGAAAUCAGUAGGAGUUGGAGUGGCAAGAUUGUCAAAGCUAUACUGCCAUUACCUGUGCCAUUAUAUAAAUAUAACUAUAUUCAUAUGUACUACACUACUUAUUUGAUGGUUGUACCAGUAUUAAUGUUGUAGGAUGAUGGAGCUGCCAAGGUUGUGGAGUGUAUAUUCAGGAAAUGGUUUGUGUGAAAAUAUCUUUUAAUUCCAUAUGACCUUGUGUUGUUUAUGAAAUGUGUGUUCAAGGACAAUUGCUUAAACAGGUAAAUAUGUGAUACUGUAAUGAAUGAGAUUCUUUAAAUUUGAUUUCAAAAAUUUAACAGCUUCAUUGCUGUUUUUAAUCAUAUCUUCCAUUUGUUACAUUCUGUUUCAUUUUAAGAAAACUGUUUCUCUGUCGCCAGCCUUUUAAGGAAAUAUUGUUACAAAAUUUUAAUUACUGUUUCAGUAAACUGAUGAUAAUAUCUGAGGAAUAAGUUGCAAUGUUUUAAUGUUCCAAAGACUGCACUAUUCCAUGUGUAGUAGUAUCUAGAGCCUAAUGGCUAAUUGUAUUUGAUUUUCAAUUUAAUAACAGUAUAAUAUUUUUUGUAAAGAAUUAAUAUGCAACAAACUCAUUUCAAGAAAUAGUUUUCUACAAAUGAUUUCAUCUUCCAUGUAAUCUUAAAAUAUUUUAAAGUUGUAAAGCACAAAUCCGAGUGGGUUUACAAAUGAAGUCCAUGGUUGAAUGCCAUUUUCAGUUGUGUAAAUACAAAUUGACUCUUUAAUGUGGAAAAUGUAAAAUGUAUGUGUAUGUAGAGUUUAAAUUAAUUUCUGUGGCUGUUAAAAGCUCACAACACCAAAUAUCAAUAAGAAUAAUAAUGUAAAUGGUGUGUAAAAGGAACAUCAGAUGUAAAGUUGUUCAGUAGCUUCUAUGAUUUCUUUUUUGAUGCAUUUCAUCCAGUCCAUUGUCUAAAUCUUCUAUAAGUUUUCUUUCAAGUAAACCAUAGUACAAAUUCAAAAUCAUUGUUGGUUAUCAUAAACAGUGACAGGUGACAGAGUUGAAAUUAAACAUUUCAGCUCUCUGUGCACACUCUUCUAACAUCUCAGCAUUUUAAGAAAAUGGUAGGUGUAGCAUACAGCAUACCUAAAACAGCAGGCCAGCUUUUACAAAAGGACUUUUUUUUUAGUUAUGCUAUGAUUAGAAAGAUCCAUGUACAUAAUUUCCAACAAAUGUGAACAUUGUUUAUCUCUUUAAAUGGAUAACUUCAAGUGAUUUAAUAGUUUCUGUCUCUAGCACAGCAAGCAGUUGCUAGGUGGUUGUACAGCACUACAUCCAUUGUGUGAGAAAAUUAACUACAAGUGGUCAAAAUCUGAAUACUUUUUCUAUUCCAAGGUCUCCUGCUCUCAUUUUGUAGGUAUGGUGUGUAAUUGAAGUUCUCUUACUUUUCUUUUUGGAACAGUGAGAAUAAAGAAAGUUAUUCAGUAAAGGUACAGAAAUCAUAACAUACAUAAUAGAUAUUGCAGCAUAUUUCAAAGCAUUCAAAGCCUUUAGAAACAAGAUAUCAUGAAAUUAAAAACAAAUUUACAUUGACAUAAUAUUAGUCAAGGACUUUGUUUCAUAAAAAUAAAGGAGAAACUUUUACCUUACUCUUGCAGAUGGUAAAUGGAACUGUUUACCAUUUGAAGAUACAUUUACAUUACUGGAUAAAAAUAUGACAACAGCAUAGCAGGCUGUUUUGCAUGUUAUCAUCAGAAUUUUCUGCCAGCCAUGCAUUUGAUAAGCAAUUGAUUUAAAAAGAAGAGGGACAUUCUUAUACUUCAAAAAAAGAGUUUAAUAUCAAGAGGAUUCUUAGCAACUGUUUAUCAGUGUAAACAAUGCUUAAGACUUUGCCAGAGCUCAGAAUAUGUGAGAGACCUUUCUGAAAUUUUUAUUACUAAUUUUUCAAGAUUGUUUUAUGAGCAUGCUACAUGAUAGUGAUGUAUCCAUGCACACGUGUUGACACUAUUCCAAUAAACAAUGAAUACUGUAAAAUUUAUUUGCAUUAAACAGCCAGUAGUUGUAUAACUUAAAAAUAACUAAUGAAGCUUAAUCACUUCCAGUAGACAAAUAUUUAGGCUGAGUAUUUAUUCCAAUUCCAUAAUUCUUUUACUCACUCAUUGGCAUUUCUUAAACUAUUACAGAAUCCUACAAUGGCAGUCAUGAGUGAAAGCUGUCACCCGCAACAGCUUUAUCAAAUGGGUUCAGUAACCUAAAAUUGCACUGAUUGUCAGUAGGUUUACGGAAGUAUCUAAUAAAUGGCAUAAGAUUCUUUUUACACAGCAGGCUUCUGAAUCUUGUUUACUCUAUAGUUUCCUGUGUGUUCAUCUAGGUCAGGGAGUAUUACCUAAGCAAGCUCUGUCACAUUUUUUACAAAUUUGAUUACCAUUGUAACGUAUGGUUGUAAAUACAUUUCACCUUAACAUUCCCCCGAAGUUUUAAAUAACAACUGAGUUACUGUAUUGGCAUCCUAAGAUACAAUUUAUUGUUUCUGUCUCCCUCAAAGUUCUUAUGAACUAGCGACUGAAAUUGUUGUACAUCACAGAGUGUAAGUAAAACAUGUGAAUCAGUUUGUGUAUUUGGAGCCCAUAUAAUGCACAGUAAGUUGAAAUGAGUAAUAAAAUACUACAGUUACAAAAACCAGAGUGACAUGAUAAUUCUUUAUGAAGACUUUUAUUUAAACUGAAUCCUUUUUGUUUGUAUUAGUACUUCAGUUAUCAUUUGUGGGUAAACUAUUCCCUACUUCUGUGUAUCUCCACUAUCUGCAUACAAAAUCUUUGUGACUGAAGCUUUUUCUGAAAAGAAGUAUUAUAAACUGAAGAGUUUUUCACUAGUUUUCAAGCACAUUGCUGGAUUUAAAUAUAUUUCUUUAGUUCCUGGAUGAACACUAACAGGCUGUGGCAUGAGUUACAGUGAAAAAAUUCUCUUCCGUAAAUGCACAUUGUCAACUAAUUCCAGAUUACAUCUUAGGAUUCAGCAUGUUAAUGCCUUCUAAUAUGCAGUACAAUGUGCUUCUUACUCAAUUCAAAAUUAUUCAUGCAUCUUCUCACUGUGUUCCUCAAAAAUGAAAAUGGUGCUGGGAGACUUCCAGUGGGUCUAAAAUGACAGCUAUCACCAAUACACAAAACAUUAUGGAUGUUUUUGUUAUUUACCUAUUUUUACUUUGGAGUCCCUAUCAUACAGAGCAAGUUGAAACAAGUAAUAAAACAUUACAAUUAUGAGAAAUUGUCUGACAUAGUAAUUCAUUUUGGAGAUUUCUAUUGCGCUGGACAAAUUUUUAUGUGGAUCAGCACUUCAAAGGUGAUAAGUGAGGAAACUAUUCUCUGUGUUUGUAUCUCUGUGCAGUUUGGAUAUAAAAUAUCUUUUCAGUAAGAGUCCAACUGUAAAUGAACAGAUACUGAAGAUCAUGUACGAAUUUGCAAGAUAGAUGUCAUAUUGUAGUUCAAGCUGCUUCCACAGAAUACAUCAUUUAAGAAUUGGUCCUCCAAUCUGGACAAGUAUUUUCUCCUUGUUUGAUGGCAUGCAACUUCCAUGUUCUUAUUAUUUAAUACUUUUUUCUACUUAACCCUGUUGCUCAGAUAGUUUAGUUCAUGAACAUCAGCCAGUAGCUUGCUUCCAUAGGUAUUAUAUUGCUUUCCUUGAACUGAAUGGUUUUAUCAUGUUCUGUCCUUGUCUAAAGAUAAAAAAAAGUGGCAGGGUAAACAUAUAAAAUUAUUUGAUGAACCUCAGCUAACUCAGCCAAUGCCUUUCAGAAACAAAGUGCAUCAAUGGAAAAAGAAAUAAAAUGGCAUUUUGUACUCCUCUUGGUAGUGACUUCUACACAGCAGUUUGGGAGUGUUCUUAAUUGGUAUAUGAUCAUUCAGUCUUUACAUGCCAAAGGUAUCUCUUCUCUCAGUACUUAAGCAGCUACUUUUUGUGUUGGUACAGAUAAUUCACUAGAAUGUUUUGCUGAGUUACUUGCUCUUUACAGUUUGCAACAGUAAGAGAUUUGAAUUCCGUACAAACUUACCAAACGAGAAUUUGAAGUUCCCACCAGUAAAGCAUUCAUUCUUGUCCAUAAGUGCUUGGUUGAGUUCAGUUCAUCUGCAACUCAACUUUGUCUCUCUUUCUGAACUGAAUACUUUGUGGUCACUUAUGUAUAAUGAAUUUUUUCACUUCUGUCAGAACUGCUACAACCAGAAGGAAUAAGUAUGACUCUUCUUAUGGAGGCAUCAUACUUUGUUAAGAAGUUAGACUUUUCAUCUGAGAGGGGGUCUGGGCACCACAAAAGCAAAGGUCAAGGCCAGUUAAAUGGAAAUUGCCUUUGUUGCUGGAUUGGGUGUUGACUCAGAUGAGAUGUUGUUAAAAACUCUGUUAGUUCAGUGAAGGAUGUUGACUGUCAGAAGAAGAGCACUGCAAGGCCUUCAUCAGCUGACAAAACUGCCUGAAAAUGACAAGCAUGUUCAUUAUUGAAAUAUUACUGAGUAUUUUAUUUGACACCAUGUCUGAAAGUCUCAGCAAUAUUUAUUACAUUUGCAAAGCAUGAAACAGCAUAAUAAGAAAGCAUUCCAGUCCUAUUUACUGCUGAAUUCUUUCUAAAAACAUUAUCCUUUUGCUGGUACGAGUUACAGGAACCAUAUUGUUCAUAGCUUUUGGAUUCUCAGACAGUACUGCACUGACGAAGUAUGGAAGUAGGCCUACUACACUAACGAUAUGAUGACUGUGAGUCACCUUCGUUCAGUAAGCUUGUUGUAACCUCCGUAAAACUUGGUGUACCUUAAUUUUCCCAAACUGGGGAACAUUCUAUGUGGCUACAGCGUUACAUGUUGGAUAAUAUCUCUGGCAAUGUGAUGAUACACACUGUAUGAGGUUCCCAACCUUCUGUGUAUGAGGACUUUCAUUGUUAAAAAGAUGUCUGCCCCCAGUGUUUAUAGGAUUUAACUGUAUAGCUCACAGUUUUGAGUUGUAUGCAGUACCUGACUGUCCUGUCAGCUAUCACUUAUACAUGGCACUCUAGAAGUUGAGAUAUGUAAGAAUAGCAUCUGUUGGCAGGCAGUAUAAGAAUAAUACUGAGUGAAAGGUUAGGGCUGAGUCUGGUGGCACCCACUGCAGUCUGCUUUAGUUGUGAAACAUGAUCAGGGAAUCACUGCUCCCAAAAGGUGCCUUUUGCUAAUUAGAAAAGUGUCACAUACAGAUACACAAUUUGCCUUGCAAGUGUUUCUUUCAAGAAUCACACUAAGCUGAUGUACAAAAAUUCCCAUCCACUCUUUUUGAAAGUACAUGAUAGAUUUCGUUGAAAUUCUUUCAACCAUUUCCAACUAAUAGUUUCUGUUCCCCCCCCCCCCCCCCCCCCCCCAUGUUGCAUUGGUGUUUUUCUGUAAGUUCUUUGUAUGAUUGUUUUUAACUCCAUAUUAUGUUCUCUAUUCUUAUUACAUGUUCAUGUUGAUCACUCUUAACGAAUAUCAGGAAAGUUAUUUCAGUGGCAGCUUCUUUGCCAUUUGUUGCUUGUCUGAUUUCAUGUUACCUUGUCUUCUUAAUUCUGGUUAUAACCGAACUUGUUUAUGUGUGAAUUUUGCUUGUGUCACUGUCCGUGAGAGCACUUAUGUAGAAUUUUUAAGUAAGUAUGUUUAGAAUAAUAAGUUUUAUGGUGCCAUAGGCAUUGACACUUGUAAAGAAAUUUGGUUAUACUUGCUGUGUUUCACUGUUUGUUUGUUGCUCUCUGACAGUAUCCUUGUAAAUGAUACCAGGAAGAUAUUGUAUUGCAAUUCUGUUGCAGCAGUUUACUGGACCGUGUUCCAUCUAUAAUAUUCAUAAUUGUUUUUUAUUUUUCAGUUUUAGACCAAGUUUCAUGUUCCACAUAUUUGGAUUGUCCCUUAGCACAUAUUAAAGUUACUUCAUAGCACAGACCACCUACAUGAACUUUAGCAGACAAAAGGCCUUUUCUAGAAAUUGCAUUGUUUAACUGAUCACAGUGAUAGGUAGUGUAUACAGCACUUUAUAGCAUGAUAUCUUUCUUAUUUCAAAUUACUCUUGAAUGUCUAUUUGUGUAUGAAGACACUUUAAUAGUUGUGGUAAGGUAUGUUUAUUUCGACAACCAAGAAUAUCAGCUGAUUCAGAAACUGCAAGCCCUCACAAAUCUUAUUUCUGGUGGAUUCUCACAAUUUUUUUCAGUAAAAGGAAAUAUUAUUGAAAAAAAUUCCAAACACUUCACUUUUAGAAUUUUUGUAACAGACAUGAAUUCAUUUUGAAGAUGGAAUUCUAAACUAAUCUUUGGCAUGCCACUUCACAAAACAUUUUCUUUUUAUACUCCCAUGGUUGCAUUUCCACUGAUGUCAGCUGCAAGGCCAUUGCUAAAAUGAUAAUAAUAAUGCUUCUAACUGAAUGUCAGAAACAAACAUUUAACUUAUCUGAAAGUUAACAUUUGUAACUGAAAUUGUAUCUGGUACUGAAAUAAUAAUUUCAUUUGGAUUAUUAUUUCCAUGAAUGGUUGUGUACAACUUGUCUAUAAAGCAUGCUUGCUGUACUAUCAUUACACCAAAAACUAUAGUGUGCACAAAGGAAAAAGUAUUGCUGUCACUGUUUCUUCUCCUCACCUGGGUAUAUAUUUAAUUUUGAACUAAAAUUUAAUGUGUAAUGUAUUGCUGUCACUGUUUUUUUUCUCAUCUAAGAAUAUUUUUUAGUGUAAGCAGUGCACUGCACCUGCAGCUAUAAUUUUGUUAAAGUUUUUAUCAUGAAGAAAAUGAAUUUCCCCUCUCCUAUUUUUGCAUGUUUCAGAGUUUCCUUAAAACAAUUUGAACGUGUGAUUAAUUUUAAAUUGGUGAAGUUUUAUUUAUUUGGACAAUUUAUUUCCUUACUUACAUGGUGUAACAUUAGUCACUUUUACACAAGUGUUCCUGUCACUUAUAAUUUUGUUAAAACUGUUACAUAUCUCUCUGUUCCUUGUUUAUGGAGAAAACAAGGAAAGUGAUGUUUAAGACCAGUUAAGCAGUUGGUGUAAUUUAUUGCUGUGAAGUGAUUUGAAGAAUUUGCUAAUAAUAUCUUGUUAUUAAUGCAAAGUAACUAAUUAUGUGAUAAUUUAUCUUACUAUAUUCUUAUAUCUGUUGAAAAAGGAUCAAAUUAUAGUUUGGCUUGAAGAGUGAUGUUCUGUGCUAGAAAGAGUUUACCAACAAAGGUAUAGACCAGGACCAUAUACUCUUAUCCUUAUGGAGCUGUAUAAAUUGUUACCUAAUGUAAAAAUGUGUUCCAAAGAAAGGAAAAUGAGAAAUUCUAA